AUGCUUUUUCUGAUAUUGACAUCAUACUUCCAAGGUGGUGUUCAAUUACAGUCAAUGCCUCCAAAGAAGAGGUCCAUUUCAAAGAAGAAGAAGAAGGAGGUGCUGCCAGAUCCAAACACCAUUUCUAACGGUGAGUGCGACUAUUACAUAGGCUCUUGGUCCCAUUACCAAAACAUUGACGCCAUCUCCGACAUUGCACACACUGUACUGGAUCAACACACCUCGGCUGAUGGGGAGGUGGGAGAACUUCCUCGUACAAAUAUUCUUAUCCCAGCAUGCGGACUCGGGGUUGCGGGUUCCCACUAUGGUGUAGAAGUGGCCAACAACAUCGUUGUUGAGAGCGUCCCCCGAACCUCCAUGAAAAAUGCAGUACAAUUGAAGGAGGCAGGCGUGGCGGGGGAAGAGGCGUUAGAACCCGAGGAAACCGUUGAGGAAAAACAAGAUGUGGAUAAAUCCUCCGAGGUGAAUGAACCUGAUGUUGGUGCCUCCCUAAGUGCCUGCGAUGUGAUUGUGCAUGGAACCGUGCACAUUGAUGGCAUCGUGACACGCAUUGUUAUUAAGCCAGACCUUCCAGAGCCUCCUGUUGUUCCACAGACUAAGAGAAAGCCCUCCAUUAAGCGCAAGAAGAGUGCAAAAGCUAUUGAAGAAGAGCAGCGGCGUUUAGCCGAGGCGGCAAAAAUAUAUGAAGAAAAGGUUAAUGCGGCUGUCGCUGCUGCACGAGAAGAGGAAGAAUACCGGAUGCAGUAUGCACAUCCUAAUCGUUGGUCCAAUGUGGUCUUCACCAAUAUCACUUUUACAGGUCAAGUGAUAGUUUCUCAUGCGCAUGUUACAUUUCGCAAUUGUUUGUUUUCUGCGCGUGUUGUGGAUGUUGCCCAGCUUCUGGUGACGCAGUACUGUCAGGUUGAAUGCAUCAGAUGCACCUUUGAGUGUCCUGAAAAAUGUGGCAUGUACGGUCUACCAAUGGGGAAGCUGACAUUUCAGAAAUGUCUUUUCACGGGUAAUCCCAAGACAUUACCCUCGGAGAAAGGGGCCACGGAUGAGGCCCGUACGUUGCGAGGAAAGGCUGUGGGACUUCACACGGACAGCUGUUGCGUAACUGUGGAGGAUUGCCAGUUUAAGGACUUGGAAACUGCCAUUCUCUUGCGUGGUUCACACCCUGAUGCCACCGCCGAAAAGCCUGCGAUGGUGGUGCGAACAUGCAAAGUGGAAAACAUCUUUGGCUCAGGUAUCGUUUUGGAGAAUGUGCGUGGGGUGGAGCUUAUGAAGAACGAAUUUGCACAGUGUGAUUACUAUUCGUUGGAUUGUGUCAAGGGGAAAGAUAUUCGCGUGUUUCAAAACACUUUUCUCUCGGAGGUCCGUGUUCAGAGGCAUGCGCAUGUGAAACUCAUGCAUAACAGGAGUGGAACUGUGCCCCUAGCAUUGAAGGAGGUUGACAACCCCAACUGGCAGCCGGUGUACUGA